AUGUCUCAAUGGUUUCACCGAAAUCCGAUCAAAGCAACAGAGAAUGUGGAUUUUGAUCUCAAGUCGAUCCUUACGAGCCCACAAUCAACGAAAAUUUGCAAUGAGCUCCGCUUGAGACGUAGUCAUCUUCUGGAGCAUUUCAAGAAUGCUAGUAAUGAUUAUGAUACAUUAAAUGAUGAAUUCAAAAAUUAUCUAUCAAUUUUUCGUGGUUUUGUAUUUGCCGUUGAUAGUAAUCGUGCUGAUGUUGAAAAAGCGAGCAAACUUGCUCCCAUCAUUCGAUUUCGCUGGGGUGAUUCUAUGCUUGGGGCAGCGUCAAUGGAAGUUAGUGAUAGUUGGUUUGAAGCAUUAAAUAUAUGUAUAAAUAUGGCAUUUUGGUUAUCAAAACAUGCAGCAUGGAUAGCAGCAAAAGAUGAAGUACUUGAAGGUGAUGCUAAAAAAGCUCACACUUGUUUACGACGUGCUGCUGGAAUAUUGAUAUUUGUGCGCGAAAAUUCUGGUCGAGUUACUGGAUUAACUUCAGUUGUGGGUUCAGAUUUUGAUCCAACAGUACUUACUGCAUAUAUCAGUCAGUUCACAGCGGAAGCGCAAGAAAUCACUGUAGCUCGUGCUAUUGAACUAAAACAUAGUCCUAGCUUGAUUUCUGCAAUUGCUUAUGAAACUAGUAAUUUGUUUAGACAAGCGGAUAAAAGUCUUCAAAAUUUGGAUCGAUUAGUCUUUGGAAAGUGGCGAUACUACCUACAGUUAAAAUCAGAAAUUUACACGGCGUACUCUUAUGCUUUUUUGGGUGAAAGCUUACUGUCGGAAGAUAAAUGUGGCGAUGCAGUUCGAGCAUGCAAAGAAGGUGUUUCAUGUUUUGAUAUUGCCAUCGAUUUUGCUGAAAAGUAUUCCAAAAGUAGUGGGCCAGGUAUGACUGUUAAACCGGAGUCCCAUCUUUUUUUCCGACGCAUUCGACCAAUGCUUGAACGCCAUAUGGAAAAAGCUGAGCGUGAAAAUGGUUUCAUAUAUUAUCAGAAAGUACCUGAUGUUUGCCCAGAACUGGAAGGGAAGCCUACUUUUGGUUUAGUUGAACCUGAAACUUUCUUGUUUCCUCAAAUAAGUUCGUUAUGGACAUCAGCAGUUUAUGCAGCUUUUAAUAUAUCGAAAGCAACAAUGCCAGAUUUUUCAAAAGUGAAAAAAAGCUCAAAAACUUUACCACAAGUUCGAGAAGAGAAAGUUUAUGAAACAGAGUGUGAUCCCAGUAAUCAGAGUGGUUGUAUACUGUCAUAA